AUGAAGUACAGCUUCGUCGCCUUCCUCGCCGCCUCGGCCAGCGCGGCCCCGCUUAACAUCAACCUGGGCGCUUACUCUCCCGCCCUGGUGGUCGGUGAUGGUGAGAUCUCAUUCGCCGGGAACGGCGCCGCAGGGGCAGAGGGCCUCGUCAACACCCUCCAGGGCGCCGCUGCCGCCAGCAAUGGAGCCGUUGCCCAGGGUCAGGCCGUCGCCCCCGCCGCGCCCGCCGGCCAGCAGGCCUCGGUCAUCAACGAGCCGGUAAGGUCCCGAUCGCUUGGCGUAACUAAGGAGCUCGACCCCCGCCAGGAGGCUGAGGACGAGGAGGACGAGGAGGAGGUUGCCGAGAUCGAGGCCAGGCAAGAAGUGGAGGGCGGCAACCUGAUGAAGCGCCAGAACGGUUUCGACCGCGCCCUGACGUACGCCGAGGCCGCCCUCCAGAAGGGCCCCAAGAUCCAGCUCGGAACCCCCGCCGCCGGUGUUGGUAUCAUCGUCGACAACAACCAGCAGGCCGCCGGGGCUGUCACGCCCGCCGAGUAA